AUGAACAAAUCUAUUGAACAGAUGGAUGUGGAGACGGAUGCUCGGUCAAAUUCUCCUUUACCUGAACGCCCUUUCCAACGAGCACUACGUGUUGGAGAUCCGGAUGCAGUCGAACGAGUCAAAGAGUCAUGUAAAAGAAUCCUAUCACGCCUUAACGUGAGCGUACCAACAUUGAGUGACGAGGAGUUCCUGACAUUUGCGACAAAUGCAUGUUGUGCAGAAUGGAGACUCCGACAGCAAAACUCUGAGAUAGCUUUAAAGCUUGGAUUUAAUUCGGUUGCGUUUUGGAAAAUUGCCGUUCCUUUAGUCUACGAUUCAGACCUGUCCUUUGGCACACAGUUCCGGGAUUCGCUCCUGUUCUCACUUGCUCUUUAUGAUGUUAACAACAGCAAGAAUCGCUUACGUGAACUGUACGCAGCUGUGCCUGGGGUACGUCAAAGUAUGCUCGGUGUCCACGCAAAGCGAUUCGGCGAAAAGUACCGCCAUAUUCAGAUGGUUCGUUCCCGUGCGAACUCUAGGAUGUCAUCAAGACAUGGCUCGGCGGAGGAUCUACUGUCUCUUGACAACGAUACCGUAGAUGAUCAGUCAGAUGGAGCAAGCGAGGGUUUGUCGACAGGAACAGGUGUAGGAGGACUCACAAAUACCUCACAUCAUAAGCAAAGAGUGAUAAAUGUCUCGAAUGCACCGCCAGUAUCAAUUCAGCGAAAAGGCAGUGGAUGUUGGGAAAUCAAACAAGGAUCUGGUGGCCUUGUAUCAUGUGUUGAUCCAGUGAUGUCAGUGGACAAGGAGAACAUUUGGCUUUCAAACUUGGGUAUAAACAUCAAGGAGGAACGAGACGAGAUGGAUGUACAUCCACCCUCAACCAACUCCCUUGGACUACCUCUCAUCAAACAGGCAAGAGCUGGUGAAAUUUUUCAUGUAUUAGAAGAAAAUGAUAAGAAGCAAGUGCUUACCGAUAAGGAACAGCUUGUCGAGCGGGAUAUGUCCUUGUUGUCCGUGCUGCACGACUACAACAGAACAAACUACCAGCUCAAUCCUGUGUUUGUGAGCCAGGAGGAUUAUAACGCUUAUUAUGGUGGGAUCAGCAACGGCCUGCUAUGGCCAGCUUUGCAUAACCUUGCUGAGUAUAUUGUGAAGGAGUACGACGAUCCUGCUAUUCUUCGAGAACACUGGUGCGCCUACGUGCGAGUAAAUUAUCAAUUUGGUAUAAAUGCGGCACGAAACAGUCGUCCACAGGAUUUCAUCUGGAUUCAUGAUUACCACCUCAUGCUUACAGGGCAAAUAAUGCGCAGUUUGGAUAGUAAUCUAGAGGUUGGGUUCUUUCUCCAUAUUCCUUUUCAACCACCGCCGAACUUCAUGACGAAGUACAAGCUUGUUGCAGAUCCGAUCCUUCGCGGUAUUCUUCGUUUUACCAAGGUUGGUUUCCAAACUCAUCGUGAUCGCGAGCGAUACGUUCAGAUGGUAAGGGAACAUAUUCCACGAGCCAGAGUUCACUAUGACACUAGAAUUGAUAUUUUCACCAUCACAUAUGAGGGUUGGACUUGUUCUCUGGGAGUGUUUCCUGUAUCCAUUAAAAACGAAGAUUUCUUGUCGAUUGCCAACGAACCACAAUGUGCAAUAGACGCGCAGGAAAUUAGGCAAGAGGUUCUUGCACACAGUGGUGAAGGUGGCUGCUUCUUUUUUUCUGUCGAGAGAUUUGACUACACCAAAGGAAUUAUGGAGAAACUGAAAGCAUGGAAACGAUAUUUCGAGAAACACCCUGAAAGAAAAGGAUUAGACGUGUUGUAUCAAGUUGCUGUGACAAAUAGGCGUGCUGUGGAGUCGUAUAAAAAGUACCAGGACAGUUGCUUAGCUGUGGCACAUGAAAUCAACGAUACCAUUAAAUCUGACGCUCACCCUGAAUGGAAACCGUUGCGUUUUGAGACCGAUGGUUUGCCGCGAACUCGACUUGUUGCUCAUUACUUGGCUAUGGAUAUCGGUGUCGUUACUCCAUCUAAGGAUGGCAUGAAUUUGGUAGCCAAAGAAAUGAUGGUAUGCAAUCCAGGAGCUUCUCUCGUGCUUUCCUCUGGAGCGGGAACGGAGGUCCAACUUGGAAAUGCAGGAUUCUAUUCGGAAGACAAGAAGUAUUACCAUCGAGUCGAUGAUAUUUCUGACACAGAGAAUUUUGCGGAGGUAUUUUAUCGAGCAGCUACUGAGGAGAGGGCUCUGAGGCAGGAACACGGAGGUCGUUUAAACCAGUUUCUCAAAAGUCACGACAUCGAUGAAUGGAGUUCAGCAUUUCUUGAUCCUGGCUGGACUCAUGAAGUAAUCCGACCAUGCGAGAUAAAGCAGCUCGCAGAUUUCUAUAUGCUAAUGGCUCAAACAGCACAAAUUCGACGGCAGAUUGUGGAAGUAGUACUGAAGGGUAUGCCUAUUCGACCUCACUUUGCUCUUUCACUGGAGAACGCCAAGAAUUCUCUGGAAAAUAGUUGCGUUUCUGAUACAAAUCGUCUAGUAUUGGAAACGACCUCUCAUGCAGAAGAUGCAGAUGGCGCUAAUACUCAUGCAACUUUUGACAUUACCGAUGAACUGACUGAACUCCAGAAAGAUCUUGCGUUUCUUUCCUUCAUCCAGUCAGACGAAAUUAACAACGUUGAACAGUUCAUUGAUACUCUUGGUUCAUUCCAUCCAUCUGGUCCUACAGCCUUUGCUGCAGAAGUGGAGAAAGCUGCAUCUCUUUUGUCUCAAGGCGAUCAUUUCCACUAUGUUUUUACAGACAGGGAUGGUACCCUAAAGAGCUAUUCGUGUUCGUAUCCAACCAGCGUACAGCCGGCAUAUUCUGCCGUCAUCCAGGCUCAAUUCGCUCGACGAUGUGCUCAGUUUUGUGCUAUUGUCACCACUGCCCCACUUGUUCACAUUGGAAUCCUAAAUAUGAGCACAAUGCCAGAAGGAUACUACGCCUACGGUGCAUCUGCUGGUCGAGAAUGGUAUUUUAAUCCUGCUAUGCAGUUUAAGGAUGAUAGCGUUAGCGAUGCUGAUCUUAUGCUUCUAAAUAAGGCUUUUGAUAAGGUCGAGGACUUGUUGGAGAAUCCCGAAUUCCGUAAUUUCACGUGGAUUGGUAGUGGCCUACAAAAGCACUACGGGCAUAUUACCAUUGCCAAACAGGAUGUGAACAAUUCUAUCCCUCACAGGAAGAGUUCAUUGUUGCUCGAUGAAGUAACCAAGAUUGUUAAUGAAGUAGACCCUAGUGGAGCUAUUCUAACGAUUAGGGAGAACGAAUACGACAUCAAAAUCUUCACGAAGGCGAAACUCUCCGGUCGAAUUUUCAAUAAAGGUCACGGUGUUCGCCUUAUCGAGCGAAAGAUGGGGAUGCAGUUGCAGGAUGGUAAUGUCCUCGUGUGUGGUGACUCGGAAACUGACCUUCCAAUGUUGGAGGAAUGUUUGUCAGUUGCCCCUCCGAACGUUUAUACGAUAUGGGUGACGAAAGAUGAAGCGUUACAGGCGAAGGUGACACAAACUUGUGCUCAAUUUCAUAACAACAACGUCACAUUUGUUUCCUGUCCAGAAGUGUUACUUGGAGCGAUGGCCCAAGCUACAGUACGUGAACUGAGAGUUCGUGGAGAUUUGGAAGGCGACUGUGAUAUGUAA